CAGCUGAGAUAUGGUGUAUGUUGACAAAAACAUGCUCUGACUAUGAACUAACAGUCUUAGUGAAAGUGCUACUGAAAGAGCUACAACUGAAUCCAAAGGCCACUGGAAACUAUAUUACACCUCUGGCUGCUGCCAGUGCUUUUUGCAAGGUGCUAUCCAUGCCGAAAUGUUCAGAUGUGGCACUCUACAUCUAUCCCCAGUUGCUGAUGGCAUUGCUUGUUCAGGUGCACUACCACAUUAGACACAACUCAGUUGCUGAGGAGGAAUUUACCUGGUGAUGGCACUGAAGACUCUUCUCCUGGCUGUGAGAUGUUAUUAUGAAUUCACUCUUAUUGAGAAGCAGCAGGGCUGGGAGCUGCUCACCAACUGUGAAGACCACCAUCGAGGUGUAGGUCUUCUUGCAAGAGCCAUGCUUCAGAGUUCCUAUUAUUUUGACCUUCAGAGAAUCUUGUACCUCCUCGUUCCCUUCUUGGAGCGAGGUGAUGAAGAACACCAGAUCACAGCAAUAGCUUUCUUCAUUGAGGAAGUGAAGCCCUUACUGCCAGCUAUGACAAAAAGCCUGUCUGGCAUGGAUGGACAGCUGUUUGUGGAGACCGUUGCUGAAAUGGAAACGCUUCUCACCAGCAGUGAAGAAGUGCAUUGUAUUCGGAACAUCACCCUGUCUCUUCAAGAACUGUUCCAUGAUGAGAGAGAAGAUGUGCGUGCCUCUGCCAUUUAUCUUUUUGGGAAAAUGGUGAAACUGGCCAAGAAGAGCAACAAACCAAUGACAAGGCAGCAAGUGUUAGAAAAUGUGGUUCCACUGCUUCUGCAUCUUCAAGAAGAGAACUGUGACAUUGCCCAGAAAAGUAAAUAUGCUGUAGAUGAAUCCUUCCAUUUCCUGGGAUGGAAACCUCCAAAGCAUGUUGUCAGUGGGAAAGCUUGGCAUCAGCAUGAGGAGGUUCUGGAUGAAACCUGCCAGUAUCUUGUGCAGACACAACAGGGAAAUCUCCAGAGGUUCCUGUACCAGGCCAUUUUCUACACUGAGAGCCCACUUCUUGCUAUAAAAAGAGCUGCCAUCAUGUUCCUUGGUUUCCUGGUACUUCAUAUGGACAGCAUGGUGGAGAAAGUAGAUUUGGAUAUGAUACUUCCAACUCUUGAAAGCCUGAUGCAUGAUCCUGAUGCAACUGUCUGCAUAGCUGCAGCUCAUGCCCACGAUCGUGUUUUUGCCGUUCUCUCCAGAGGGAAGAACAGGGGUGACAUUGCCACUGAAAAGCCUACAAAGUUUUCUAGAUCCUCCAAUGAUCUUCGUGGCAGCUCCUCCAGUCUUUUUCGUGUCAUUAGUCUCUGGAGAUCUGUCAACAGGAAUUAGUAUCAAGCUAAUGACUGCCUGACAUACACCUUUCCAUAAGAACAAAGUGGCUGUUAAUAUCAUUUUCCUUACUUUCAGCUUCACCAAGAACAACAUGGAAAAGAGGCCAAAAAAUCCAUCAUUGCUUUAACAAUGUCUUGGUUAAUAAAUUUCACCAGUUCCC